AUGAAGUUUGUUAUAAUUACGGUAGCAGCCUUGUGCUUGAUGAGCGUCCAUGGCAGAUUUUUGGAGGAGCAGGAUGCCGAAGGAGCACCACGUUUGGAUGGACGCAUUGUGGGAGGACAUAAAAUCAAUAUUACCGAUGCUCCACAUCAAAUAUCCCUGCAGACUUCCGAUCACAUCUGUGGUGGUUCCAUUAUCUCCAAGCAAUGGAUCCUAACUGCGGCCCACUGUACUUAUGGCAAAACCGCCAAUCGUCUAAAGGUACGUUUGGGCUCCUCAGAAUCAGCCAAGGGUGGCGAAUACAUUGAUGUUGCUGAAAUUGUCCAACAUAAAAAAUUCAACUACUCCAAUGUAGAUUAUGAUUAUUCCCUGCUGAAGUUGUCACGUGAAAUUGAAUUCGAUGAUACAAAACAACCCAUUAAGUUACCCGAAACCAAAGAAGAUGCCAAGGAUGGUGAGAACUGUUUGGUUACCGGUUGGGGUAAUACACAAAAUGCGAUGGAAUCAAAUGAUUGGUUGCGUCAAACAGAAGUUCCAAUUUUCAAUCAGGAGGAGUGUUCUGCCAAAUAUAAGAAAUUUGGUGGUGUUACCGAACGUAUGAUCUGUGCUGGUUACACCGAAGGUGGUAAGGACGCCUGCCAGGGUGAUUCAGGUGGUCCAUUGAUUACCAAGGAUGGCGUUUUGGUUGGUGUCGUUUCAUGGGGUUAUGGUUGUGCUCGUCCCGAUUAUCCUGGUAUUUAUUCGAGAGUUUCUUAUGUUCGCGAUUGGAUUCGUACUAAUAGUGGGGUUUAAAUGU